AUGUCUGGCGAUGCGGAAAAGAAAUUGUUGGUUUCCAUUCUUAGGCAAGCCAAUAUUAGCCAUAUCGAUUGGGAUAGAGUUGCGAAGGAUCUCAGUGUUCCCACCAAGUCAGUUGCGCAAAUGCGAUGGCAACGAUUCAAAAAGAUAUUGCCUGACUUGAACCAAGAACAAAACGGCAAUGUGAACUCCUCGCCACCAGUAACACCGAGAAAAAGACAAUCUCCGACGAAAAGCAAAGCUCCCAAAGGCAGCCCCUUGAAGAAGCGAAAGCGCUUGAAGGUUGACAGUGAUGACGACGACGAAGAACCAGAAUUCAAUAACUACGAUGAGAAAGAGAAUAAGAUUGCCCCCGAGACACCAGCACGAAGUCUCCCAGGUACGAGCGAUGAAGAGGAUGACGUUAAGAAUGAGGAAUCGGAUCAAGAUGAAGAAACUCAAGAAACCGAGUUAACUCAGGGAACUUUUACGAGUGGGGGGACUGCUGUUGAUUCCGGAUCGGACUUCGAUGGAGAUCUGGAACCAUAA